AGGAACGAUAAGCCGAAUUGACUUUGUACUCUUCGUUUUUUCAACUAACAAGUUAAUUGAAGAAUCAAUUUUUCUUUUUUUUUUUAAUAAUAAUUGUUUUCUCUUUCUCCAAAUAAACUGUGUUAAAGAUUUACCACAUUUACCAUGAAUGGAUUUGACAACGUAAAUGUUGUUGAUAACAAUGGUGCCAGUGGUGUUAAUAGUAACGUUAAUGAUAACAACAGUUCAUCAACUUCGACCUCAACAAACAACUCGAAUCCCCAAUCAUGUGCAAUUUGCGGUGAUAGAGCAACAGGUAAACACUAUGGUGCCCACAGUUGUGACGGAUGUAAAGGUUUUUUCAGACGAAGUGUAAGGAAAAGUAAUCAAUAUGCUUGUCGAUUUGAACGUAACUGUACAAUCGACAAGGACAAACGUAAUCAGUGUCGAUUUUGUCGAUUGCGAAAAUGCUUUCGCGCUGGAAUGAAAAAAGAUGCGGUACAAAAUGAACGAGAUCGAAUCAGUUUAAGAAGAUCAAGUAUCGACGACGCACUUAAUAAUGGCGGAGCUUCAAUUCAAACACUUUACAAAGCUGAGAUGACUUCUCGACAGGCUCGACCAUAUAUUCAGGAGACAUCGAUUGAAGAGAAAAAGAUUGCAAGUAUUUCGGAUGUUUGCGAAUCGAUGAGAAAUCAAUUGUUAAAUUUAGUUACCUGGGCCAAAGGAAUUCCUGCUUUUCUAGAAUUAAUUGUCGAUGAUCAAGUUGCCUUAUUAAAAGCUCAUGCCGGUGAAAAUUUACUCCUUGGACUUGCCCAUCGAUCGAUGCACUUGAAAGAUUGUCUUCUCCUUGGAAAUGACUAUAUUAUACCGAGAAAUUCACCAGAAAAAGAGAUAACAUUAAUUGGAAAUCGGGUGAUGGAUGAAUUAGUUACCGUUCUACAUGAUGUUCAUAUCGAUGACACUGAAUUCGCGUGUCUCAAAGCGAUUGUUUUUUUCGACCCAAGUGCCAAGGGAUUGACUCAACCAUCAAAGAUUAAGAACUUACGAACUCAGGUUCACAUAAACUUACAAGAUUAUAUUAUGGACCAUCAAUACAAUUCUCGAGGACGAUUUGGUGAAAUCCUUUUAUUAUUAUCGCCAUUACAAAGUAUCAGCAAUCAAAUGAUUGAACAAAUUGACGAAUUCACAAAGUGCGUUGGUGCAACCAAAUUUGAUGGCCUUUUACAAGAGAUGCUUCUUGGUAAUAGGACGAUCAUGAGCCAGGUCGCACCACCGAUCAGUAAACCGACACAUACAACAUGGCAGCCAACAUACCCAAGGACAAUGCCGCCAAUGAUGACAAGCUAUCCAAGUACAUCGGCUAAUGGAGCCAGUGGAAUGAUUAUCGAUGAAGGACCUUCUCAUUAUGAGCCGACACCUCAACAUCCACCUCAACUUAUAGACCUUGACCAUAAUUUAAGAAAUGACCGUCACCAAAUUUCAAAUGGACAUUCAGAUGAUUCAUUGUCUUCACCAGGGGAAGAUAUUUACUCCCACCAACCACCUCCUCCUCUUCCUCCACCACCUCCACCUCAACCCUCCUCAGCACCAAUAUCCAAUUCUGCAUCACAUAUACUUCCUCAUUCACAUUCUCAUCAGCAUUCACACAAUCCCCACCCUCAUCCACACCUUUCUCAUCAACCUGCCCAACAUUCAGCAUCCAAUCAAGUUAUGCAUCAAUCAUCACAAUCUCAUCCAACAAUUUACAAAAGAGAGACAAUUUAACGUGUAUUUUUAUCAAUUGAAAUUCUUAAUUCUUCAAACACACACACCAAGGAUUUGAGAACCAAGUAAAUUUAUUUAAUUAACAAUAAACUCCAUCCACAAUCCAUUUGCUAAUUGUCAAACAUUUGACUUUGUAACAUUAAACGUAAACAAUCAAACAAUUUAAAAAUCA